AUGGCCAGCUCGGCGCUCAACCACUCCUGGCCGGCUCUCUCCAAGUUCUGGCUGAAGCGGUGGGCCUUUAAGAGAGGCUCUGAGCCCAAGCCAUGUGUCCAGCCCUUUGACUCUGGAGUUGCAGAUUCAGCCACCAAGAGCAGUGGUGGACCCUGGAGGCCUGAGGACCCAGACUUCUCCGCCAUGGAGGAUGAGCAGGAGGAUGGAAUCCCAGGGCUGUUUGGCGGUAGCGAGAGUUCAGAGGACCUCAGCCUGGACUUGGGGGCCCUUCAGGGCAGUGAGUAUCUCCAGGACCUGGGCCUCGGAGUCCUUUCACACAGCCAGCCUGGGGGAGCCGGAGGCAGUGGCCCCCCGAGCGAAGAAGCCAGAGGAGAAACGCCCCUCUCCAGCACUGCGAGGUCCCAGGGCCUCGCUCGGAGACGCAGCUGGGAGAGGUCGAGGAGCUGCUCCGAGAGCUGGCAGAGGCUCAGCAUCGAAUCCUCAGCUGUGAAUGAGGGGCCUUGUCUGCCUCGGACACUGGCCAGCCUCGCUCUGAACCUGCCAGGAGAGGGCCUGCAGGCCUGGACCCAAGGGUGUCUGCCUGGGGGUGGAACCUCCGCAGAUCAAGCAAGCAAGGAAUGUGACAGCCCCGAGAAAAGAGUGAGGUCACGGUCUGUUCCUGUGUCCUUCGAUGAGAUCAGCUCCCUGGAAAUCUUUCCAGCUUUGGAAGUGCCGCCUCCAGCUGUUCAAGGCCUGGACCCCCCAGUGCUGGAGUGCAUGGAAAAGGAUCAUGUGGAGCCGAAUCACGUGUUGAUUGUCCAGCAGGUGCUUGAAGAACUCCGACAGUACCAUGGGGCCCGGCAGAGGGCUCGAUUGUCAGUCUGCCCCGGAGGAGCAACUUCGAACCUCACCUGGUUUGAGUUCUUAUCUGAGAGCGAGGACAGCAUGGGGAAGACGGAGAGAAGUGACAGGGGCACCAGGGUGAAACGCAGCCUGAGCUCCCUGCGCAAUCGAGUCACCAGGCAGAAGGAGAAGGGGAAGACCCCGGUGCAUCAGAAGGACAAAGGUCAGGAUGCGCGAGAGAGGAAAGAAUGUAUCAACGGGCACCAGCUGGCUCGAGGAACCUUCUCUGGCCACUCCAGCUGCCCUCUGUGUGGCAAACCUUUUCUGAGCUCUGCAUCCCUGAAGGAGCACCCGAGGGCCACCCUCCUGUCCGAUGGCAGCCCGCACCCGACCAGGAAUGUCGGCAUGACGGUCUCGCAGAAGGGGGGUCCACAGCCAGCACCCAGCCCAGCGGGAACCGGGACGAGACUUGGACCACUCACAGGAGAGAUGGAUGAAACUGAUGCACUGUUUCCAAAGGUCAAGCAGGUGGCCGAUGACUCUCUUUUUCUUACAUCUUCCAGCACUGAGCCCGUCUUUAUAGAAGACCCCUACACUGCCUCGCUGAGAGGCGAGGUCGAUGCAGACGCCCACGAGUUCGAGGCUGAGUCCUGGAGCCUCUCUGUGGACCCCGAGUAUGUGAAGAAACAGAAGAGGGAGGUGGUGAAAAGGCAGGAUGUGCUUUAUGAGCUGAUGCAGACAGAGGCCCACCAUGUGCGGACGCUCAAGAUCAUGCUCAAGGUCUAUUCGCGGGCCCUGCGGGAGGAGCUGCAAUUCAGCCCCAAGGCCGUCAGCCGCCUGUUCCCAGGAGCAGAUGACCUGCUGGAGGUGCACGGCCACUUCCUGUGUCGGCUGAAGGAGCGCCGCCUGGAGUCACUAGAGGAGGGCAGUGCCCGCAACUACGUCAUCCGGAAGAUCGGGGACCUCCUGGUUCAGCAGUUUUCAGGUGAAAACGGAGAGAGGAUGAAAGAAAAAUACAGCGUCUUUUGUAGCGGCCACAACGACGCCGUCAGUCACUACAAGCUGCUGCUGCAGCAAAACAAGAAAUUUCAAAACUUGAUCAAGAGAAUCGGCAACUUCUCCAUUGUGAGGCGGCUCGGUGUGCAGGAAUGUAUCCUCCUGGUCACCCAACGCAUCACCAAGUACCCCGUGCUGGUGGAGCGAAUUAUCCAGAAUACAGAAGCUGGCUCCGAGGACCACAGAGACCUGACCCAGGCCCUGAACCUCAUCAAAGACAUCAUCUCACAAGUGGACGCCAGGGUCAGCGAGUGUGAGAAGGGCCAGCGCCUCAGGGAGAUCGCGGGGAAGAUGGACCUCAAGUCCUCCAGCAAGCUCAAAAAUGGGCUGACCUUCCGCAAGGAGGACAUGCUGCAGAGGCAGCUCCACCUGGAGGGCACCCUCUGCUGGAAGACCACCUCUGGGCGCCUGAAAGACGUCCUCGCAGUCCUGUUGACAGAUGUGCUGCUGCUGCUCCAAGAAAAGGAUCAGAAAUACGUCUUUGCAUCCGUGGACUCCAAGCGCCCCGUCAUCUCGCUGCAAAAGCUCAUCGUGAGGGAGGUAGCCAACGAGGAGAAAGCCAUGUUUCUGAUCAGCGCCUCCCUGCGCGGGCCCGAGAUGUACGAGAUCUACACCAGCUCCAAGGAAGACAGGAACACCUGGAUGGCCCACAUCCGGAGGGCCGUGGAGAGCUGCCCAGACGAGGAGGAAGGGCCCUUCAGCGAGGCCGAAGAGGAAAAGAAGGUGGUCGAGACGCGUGCUGUGAGGCUGAGGGACUUCCAAGAGCGACUGAACAGGAAAGACCAGCAGAUCGCCCAGAGCCUGAGCGAGAAGCAGCAGAUCUACCUGGAGAUGGCCGAGAUGAGCGGGCUCGAGGACCUCGCCCUGUCUCGGCUCCUCUUCCGGGGAGGGGACCCUCCCGAGAACCUGCAGGGCGAGCUAAUUCUCAAGUCAGCCGUGAGUGAGAUUGAAGACAUCCAGAGUUUCAUCUGCAGGCGGCUGGGCAACGCCUACGGCCAGGCAGAAGACGGGGGCAGCGCAGGGAGCCCAGGCAAGGACGGCAGUCUUCAGAGGAACAUGUGCAGCAGUGACCUCAGCCCCCGAGACUGGCAGGGCCUGGUGAGCAGCCUGGACUUGAGGCCUGGAGACACCCAGGGGGCCCCCGAGGAAGCCUCGAAGGUGGCAGAGUCACCAGGUGCAGACCCUGGCCCCCACCCACCCGCGGUCCUGGAGUUGGAGCUCGUCCAGCGGAUCCAGACGCUGUCCCAGCUGCUCCUCAGCCUCCAGAUGGUCAUCGCCCAACAGGACAGCUACGUGGAGAUUCAGAAAGCAGCCAUCCAGGAGCGCGAGAAGCAGUUCCGGCUGCAGUCGACACGCGGGAACCUGCUGCUGGAGCAGGAGCGGCAGCGCAACUUUGAGAAGCAGCGGGAGGAGCUGGCGGGCGUGCAGAAGCUGCAGGGCCAGCUGCGCCUGGAGCAGCAACGCUGGGAGUGCGAGCGGGAGCAGCAGCGCCGGGAGCUGGACCAGGCCUCGGCGCGGCUGCAGCAGCGUGAGAGUGAGUUGCUGCGGCUGCAGGAGCGGCUGAACCAGGAGCGCGAGGAGCUGGAGCGCCAGCGCCAGGCCUACCAGCACGACCUGGAGCGGCUGCGCGAGGCCCAGCGCGCCGUGGAGCGGGAGCGCGAGCGCCUGGAGAUGCUGCGCCGGCUCAAGAAGCAGAACACAGCGCCCGGGGCGCUGCCGCCGGAGGCACUGGCGGAGACCCAGCCUCUAAGCCACACUCCCAGCUUCAAUGGGAACGGGCUGGAUGGAUCCAUGACCCUGACCAAAGCACCAGGGCCCCGACCCAACUCGCUGGUGUCCAUUGCGGGGUCCGAGUACGCCGAGCGCCCCGAGGUGGCCCGCAGGGACAGCGCCCCGGCCAAGAGCGACGUGCCCAUCCAGCUGCUGAGUGCCACCAACCAGAUCCAGAGGCAGGCAGCUGUGCAGCAGCAGAUUCCCACCAAGUUGGCAGCCUCCACCAAGGGCGGAAAGGACAAGGGAGGCAAGAACCGGGGCUCCCAGCGCUGGGACAGCUCGGCCUCGUUUGACCGGAGGCAGCCGCUGCUUCUCAACAAGUUCAUGGGCAAAGAAGAGAACACCUCUCGGAACCGCCGCUCACUGAGUCCCGUCCUGCCCAGCUCCACGCCCCCGCAAGACCCCAACCUCCCAGCCCCGACCCCAGGCCCAACCGACGUCCCCACCGAGUCUCUCCACCUCAAGGCCUGGGGGUCAUCCUUCCCACCCGGGGCCCCAUCCUCCACACCAGUCAACAAGGAAGAAACCGGCAAGGAAGACGUCAUCUUCUUCUAGGGGGCAUGGCUCGGGGUGCAGACCCCUCCCUGCACCGCCCCCUCUUCAUGCUCUGUGGCCCCGCCCCACCCCCAGCCCACCCUCUCCCCUUCCCAAGCAGGCCUCCUCUGACAUCUGCCAGGAUGGGGGCAGGCAGGGCUAGCCUGCUGUCUUGAGGCUGCUCGCUCUGAAGGAUUAGCAGUGGUGCCUGGGCAACUUUGUAAACCUUUUUUUUUAACAUGAAAAGGAAAGUUUGUAAUGGAAGGUUGAAGCAAAGCUAACCCACAGAGCUGCCAUCUGCCAUCAUAGCGCCCCAUUCCAGUAGAGGAGAGUCCCACUCCGGGCUCUUUCCAAGGUAGUGACCAGGGCCACCAGGAGACCCUGGAGCGAGCCACGAUGGCACCAGAAGGGGCCCGGUGGGGUUGGCUCUGUCCACAGAAUCCGGCCGAAUUGACUUCUAAAGCAGAGACCCGAGUGGGUUCGUGGUGAACUUCUAGGCCAGGAUGUGAGCCCACCCAGGGGUGGCACACAGUUCACCCAGGACAGAGGGCCACAGGGCAGGCAGGGUGGCUGAAGGGGUUGGCCGAUGGCAUGCCUGGUAUGUCCUGCAGGUUCAGAAGUUCAUCCUGAAAGGGGCUGACUGGGAGGGGACAGACCACCGCUCAUUUUAAUCUGGUGGAGGUUUUUAAAGCCUACUCUUGUCGAAUUUGGUGCUUUCCCAAAGCGCCUCUCAGACUCAACGCCUGGGAAGCCAAGCCCAGGCCUUCCACCAGGGCUGGCGCGUGCCUGAGGGUCCCAGCCCCGGAUGGAGAGUCCUCCUUCCCUGUGAGGUGGCCCCCAGCUGGCAUCCCCAGUGGAUGGGCAGAUACUGGGGUGACACAGAGCGGUGGGAGCAGAGCUUGGAAGGGACCAGCGUGGCCUGGGCGGUCACUGUUGGCAGCAAGUGCACAGAAGGCCGCCUCACAGGCACCUCACGUCCAAUGAGCUGUCACAGGUUGUCAUCAGUCCCCCAGAGGAGGGUGAGGACCACCAGUCCAGCCUCAUGGUGCAGCCGCAGGUGUUGGGGUGGUGCCGCGUGUGACAGUGGGCACACCACAUUCCAGCUCUGGCCAAAUGCAGGCUCAGGGCCAGGGAGCAUUCCAGGCUUUUCCUGCAGCCCAGACUCCCCUGCAGAACCCAGUGUCCCGCCAAGCAUUGGUGGGAAGACAGGGUCUGGGGUGGAGCAGGAGCCUGGGCACCACGGCCAGCAGUGCCAAGGAGCUGACAGCAGUCCUGGGGUGCUCCAGAGGAGCAGCGCCCCGCUCCCCCAGGACACGUCCGGCCACCCAUGCCACACCUGCCACCACUGUGUUUGGUCCUGAGACGCAUCGGAGCACUUUAGAAAAGCUGACUUCACAUUCCUGUCCUGUCGUGGAGAGGACAUUCCUGGGCCCCAUGCCCCCACCCAUGGGAUCCUCUCUCACCCACCCAGGGGAUUCCUGCAGGGCUAAGUUCGACGCCACAUGGUGGGAAUCGGCCAAGGAGGCUUCCAGGUGGUGCCUGCAGCGGGGCAGCACCAUGGGCCCGUCCCACCAGGACCCCGAGGCCACCCCCAGGUACAGCCCAGUCUCGUUUGUAAAGUUAGGAGUUGAGCAAACAUUCCUCCUUCCGCGGGGUCUGUGCACAUCUUUGUCAUUGUGACCAUGACCUUAGUCAACCCGACGAUCCUUUUUUACAGUGAUAGCAGCAUUUCCUCACUGGGGGUGAUGUCUGAACCGCUCUAGAACUUAAGACCUGACUCUAGCA